UGGGCGGCAGGAGGUGAAUGGCAAGCGCCGGCGUCUCCCUCCCACAGCCCCGUGUCGGUCUCGCCUCCUCCAGCAGCAGCAGUAGCGGGUCACCUCUGCGCGGCUGAGCCGAGCCGCGCCGCGCUGCCUGCUGGCCGCAGGGCUGCCGGAGAGGCGGCCGGAGCUCCCCUCGCCACCCACGGGGCCGCCGCCGGCUUGCGGUGACAUUGCCAGGGGACACACGACGGUGGCGCCGGGGGCGGGAGCGCCGCUGCCCAGAGCCGGCCGCACCUCGCCCUCCCGGCGGCGGCGGCGGGGAGCGGGGCGGCGGGCGGGCUCGGCUCCGGCUGCUCAGGCGCGCAGCCCUUCAUUUCCUCUCGCCGUCCGUCGCGCUGCUGGAGGCUCCGGACUAUAAAUAGCAGCUCGCCCGCCGCCCAGAGUCUCCCGCACGCACCGGGGGAAAGUGCCGCGCCGGCCGCCCCGCCGCCGGACAGAACCGAGGGAGAGAUGGUGCUGACUGAGAGGAAGUCUGCUUUUUCUAAUGAAAAAUAAGGGUUCUGAUGCCUCUGGAGUGGUAAUCCUGGAGCACUGCUGGGCAGUGGAAUUCAGGAGUAAAUCAGAUGUUUCAAUAGCUCCCAGUCUUGCCUUCCGUUGGGUCUCUGAUGCUGAAAUGAGGAGGAGCAGCAGGAGAUCAAGAGUCUCGGAGCGGAGAGCCGGAUCCUCACCCUGAGGCUGCACCGAGGGCAGGCUGUGGCUCCUGGGCCGCGGCACCGGGAGCGCUGAGCUCGGGAGGAUUGCGGAAUAAAAUCCGGCAGCUCCGGAGGCUGAUCAUGGAAAUCAAAGAGGAGAGAUCGGCAGAUGAAGCACGACAGUUUCUCCCUGCAUCCCAGUUAGACAGCCUAGGAGAGCCCCAGUUCACCAGUAUUCAGAGAAUUGCAAAUGAGCCAAAGCUGGAGUUCAGUCUUGCCUGCAAGGAUCUAGUGGCUGCCACCCGUGAUCGGAAGCUGAGCACGUUUGUCCAGGUGUCAGUGGUGCACCCAGCAGAGCACGUUUUGACGCGGUAUUCCAGCACUGAAAUCGUGGAGGGUACAAAAGAUCCGCUGUUUCUGACGGGCGUCACCUUCCCACCGGAGUACCCCAUCUAUGAGGAGACCAAAAUCAAGCUGACAGUCUAUGAUGUCAAGGAUAAAUCCCAGGACACAGUCCGCACCAGUGUCCUCCCUGAUCACAAGGAACCAAGAGCAGAUGUUGGGCGAAGCUUCCUGGGCUGUGCAACUUUUAGAGUGGGAGAUCUGGUGAAGUCAAAGGAGCACCAGCUGACCCUGACCCUCAGAACAUCUGAUGGUGGAAAGACAGUUGGUACCAUUGAAGUGAACCUUGUGAGGAUGGGAGAGCUGGAGGAGGGGGAAGCAGAGCACAUCACAGCAGACACCCAGGAUCAAAAGUGUGCGUUGGUCCGUGAGUGCACAGCCACUGAAGGCCUAAGUGGGAAAGACAACCUGCCCUCCUUAAAUGCAGUGUUGAGAAACCCAGUGUGUAAAUUAUACAGAUUCCCUACCUCUGACAACAAGUGGAUGCGGAUCCGGGAGCAGAUGGCUGAGACCACCCUCUCCUUCCAUGUUCCUAAAGAAUUAAUAAAUCUGCACAUAAAGGAGGAUAUGAGAAGGAAUCAGGAGCUGAAGGACCUGGGGGAGCUUGCUCCUCACUGGGACAACAUGCGCAGGAGUGUGAUCGCUCACUGUGACCAGAUGCUGGGCGUGUACCAGGACACCCUGGCAGAGCUGGGGAAGCACACGGGUUCUUCCUUUAAGUCAAGCUGUAGCAAAGGAGAAAAAACACUGGAAUUCAUCCCAAUAAAUCUCCAUCUGCAAAGAAUGCACGUGCACAGUCCUCGAUUGAAAGAUGCUCUGUAUGACGUGAUCACCGUGGGAGCCCCGGCAGCGCAUUUCCAAGGCUUUAAGAAUGGCGGCCUCCGGAAACUGCUGAGUAAAUUUGAGGCAGAAAGAAGAAAUACUGGAUACCAGUGCAUUUACUAUUCACCUGAAAACACAGCCAAGGCAAAGGAAGUGCUCAGCAACAUCAAUCACCUGCAGCCUCUCAUCUCCAGCCACGCAGACCUGCUGCUCAGCUCUGCCAGCCAACGCUCUCCAGACAGCUUGAAGAAUUCUUUAAAGAUGCUCUCAGAAAAAACUGAGUUAUUUGUGCACUCCUUCAAGGACCAGCUGGUGAGGAGUGCCCUGCUGGCGCUGUACACGGCCCGGCCCGGCUGCGUGCUCAAGCAGCCCCGGGGCGGUGCAGAGGAGGGGGCAGAGGGGCACCAGGACCACCCCUCUCACAUCAAGAGGCAGGACUCCAUCCCCCACCACUCUGAGUACGACGAGGAGGAGUGGGACAGGGUGUGGGCCAACGUGGCAAAGAGUUUGAAUUGCCUUAUUGCCAUGGUGGACAGACUGCUGGAAAAAGACAACAGCAACGCUCAGGAGGGGGAGGAGGAGCCUCCAGCAGACUGCAAGGUGCUGCCUGCAGGGGGUGACUGGUACGAGCAGCUGUACCCUCUGGUGACCACGCUGAAGGAGUGCAUGGCAGAGGUGGUGACCAGGGCCAAGCAGUCCAUGGCGUUUGUGCUGCUCCAGGAGCUGGCCUGUGGCCUGCCCCAGUGCCUGAUGCUGACCCUGAGGAGGGACAUCGUCUUCAGCCAAGCACUGGCUGGAUUGGUCUGUGGAUUUGUAAUCAAGCUGCACACAGGUUUACAUGAUCAAGGAUUUCUACAGCAGCUCCACACUGUUGGAUUGCUGGUGCAAUAUGAGGGACUCCUCAGCACCUACAGUGAAGAAGCAGGGAUGCUAGAAGACAUGGCCGUGGGCAUUUCAGACUUGCAGAAAGUCAAGUUUAAAGUCAUUGAAGCCAAAUCAGAAGAUUUUUUGCCUAUUAUAACUGGAAGGCGUGAACAUUACAUUAUAGAGGUCCAGCUUCCAGCAAAGAUGUUUGAGCUGCUGCCACAAGAGAUUAAAGAAGGAAAGCUGCUCCACAUGUACCCAGUGCUCUUUAAUGUUGGAAUCAAUGAACAGCAAACACUGGCAGAGAGGUUUGGAGACACCACUUUGCAGGAAAACAUUAACCAGGAAAACUUAGAACUGCUCAAAGAAUAUUACAAGUUAUUUACAGAAAAAAUGCCUCCUGAUUGUUUACCACAUUUUCAAGAACAAAAUGAUUUAAAGGGAUUGCUAGAAAGUCUUCAUCAAAAUAUCCAAGCCAAAAAGAGAAAGAAUGUAGAAAUCAUGUGGCUGGCUGCAACGAUCUGCCGCAAGCUCAACGGGGUGCGCUUCACCUGCUGCAAGAGCGCCAAGGACAGGACCUCCAUGUCGGUGACACUGGAGCAGUGCUCCAUCCUGAGGGACGAGCACCAGCUGCACAAGGACUUCUUCAUCCGUGCGCUCGACUGCAUGAGGAGAGAAGGAUGCCGCAUAGAGAAUGUUCUGAAGAAUGUCAAAUGCAGAAAGUAUGCAUUCAACAUGAUACAGCUGAUGGCUUUCCCAAAGUACUACAGACCUCCAGAGGGGACUUAUGGAAAAGCUGACACCUAAGCUUAACACAAGUGUUAAUCAUGCUGAUUAGUGAACAAAACAACCGCUGUUAAUGUCAUAUGAGCUGGGAAUGUAUGACCAGUGGAGGUGUUCUUCUUAUCAGGUUUUAUCAUUUUACAUUAAAAUGAAUCUGGUUAGUCAUUAUGAAAUAAAUACCGUGAAAAAGCAAAGGACUGGGCAUUCUGAAAAUCAAAUAUAUUCAACUUAUCUUGGUGAAGUUGAAGCUUCGUAUGACUCAUAAGCCAGCUGGAAUUAGUUUUUGGGGUCUUUUAUUGAAGAUUAAAAAGAGAAAUGGCGUUUGCUGUAGGAAUAGAGAUUAGUAAUCUGGAAAGUGGCAUUCUGACUCCAAACCAAACCCUGAGAUUUGGUUUAAGGGGUCUCCUACUGCUGGAAAAGGUGUUUUCUGGAACCAGCAGAGCACUGAGGUCUCGAUCACUAAUGAUAAAACCCUUCACAUAAUGUUUAUGAAAGAUGCUAACGUUAAUACCUGGGCUAAAUAUAAUUUUGGUAAUUGCAAUUAGCUUCUUUACAUAAGCAUGGUAACUCCAUAAUAUGUGUUUAGUAAUUGCAGAGUGUAAUUUCAGUAAUUCCAUUCUGAUUCCAUGCAGUUCAUUUGGAUGUAUCACUCUUGGUUUUCUGUACCUCAGCCAAAUACCACUUAUUUCACUUUCACAUAAGUCAUACUGAAACCAGGGAGAUUAAUUCCACAAGUAAGGUGGCCUGAAUUUGACCUCCUAUUUAGUGUAAACCUUUAAAGGAAAUUUUCUUUAGUGGCAGGCAAAAUAAGUUGUAUAUACAGGAGUUAACAUGUCUUUAGGUUAUGGAAACAUGUAUGUUAUUACAGAGCCUAAAAUAUGCUGUGCUAGGACCGGUUAGCCACUGCAGCUGAUUUAUAUCAAAUUUGUAAUGCUGCAGAUAGACACUCUAGGAUGAAGAUCUUUCAGCUUUAAAAGUGAAUGUUAAUGCUCUGCCAGCUUGUGUUAGUCCUGAAAUUUGUCUUGCAAAGAACGUUUGUGUUUUCUAAUUGUAUCUAUUUAUUACCCUCUUCUGCCUCCCAGAGAGAAAUACAAUUUAAAACUCCCAAGUAUUCACUGGUUACUGACCUUUAUGUAAUGCAUUCUUUUCAUAUCUAGAGCAGAAAGUAGGAGAAAUUUAUCCUAAUGAAACUACCCUGGGAAUUUCAACAUCUGUAGGAAAUUGUAAUUGCCAUGGCUAAAGAAGUAAAUGUUUGUUUACUCCUGUGGAAGUCAAAGAAACCUCUAUGCACUAUGAGUUAUAAUUGGUUCUUUUUAGUCCAUUAAUACCCAUUACUGGGUAUAAAUAUGUAAGUAUAACAGAAUUUAAAACCCUAAUUCUGCAAAUUCUGUUUGGGUGAUCCCAUGGAACUGAUCUAUCGUUUGGCUGAAAUUAAAUCCAUCUUGUAUAUUUGCAAGAUCAGGCUUUGGAGUUUGUAGGAAAACAUCAGAAAGAGAUCUUUGUUCUAAUAUUCAUUGAUUUUAGUGGAGCCAGAAAUUUACCUAUAAAAUAUAUUAACAAAUUGGAACUUUGAUUUCAAAGAAAAGUAGGUAAUGUAGGUAGUGUUUUGGUGCAUUAUAUUUUUUUCUAUUCUACAAUGGGCUAUCAUUAAUUGCUUCCUAGUUCUUGGAAUGUAUUAUUUCAGUAGAUGUCAGAAGAGCUGGCAAUGCAUCAAAGAUAAGCUCAGACUGAUGAGAAUAUAAUGCUUUGAUUUCUUCUUGUCAUGUACCAGUAGAAGUGGACAAUACUCAUUGGGUGGCUGGAUAUGUGCAUAAAUUUGUGUUUGGGUCUACGAAUAUAAUGUAGCUCAUCUGUAUGAAACUUUUUUGUGGAUUUAUGGAGCGUAAUCCUUCCUAGAAAAGCAAUGUUUUCUUCUGUCAGGCUGCUGUACUAGCCCUCACUAUAUACAUGUUUAUUAUUAGUUUAAAAAGCCCUGCAUGUGCAGUUCAGAGAUAGUGAUAAAUUCCUCAUGGAUCUCUGGAAUAACCCCCAGGUAUGCAGUAGGGAAUGCCAACCAUUGUACAGUUAAUUCUGAAACUGUCUGUAGAAAUCUCAGUGGGGUUGGUGUUCCCUGCUGGGUGCUAUAGGUACCUAGACUUCUUUAUUUGAGUCCCAUUGGCAUUCUGUCAAGCUAAAAAUAUGAAAUUAUCUAGAUUUUCUUGUCAGGAAAAUAGUCUUUCAAGAUUUUAUCUCAGCAUUUUAAUCCUACCUGGGCUCUAAAUUGCCAUUGUCACUACAGUGUUAUUUUUGUGUUGAAGUUGUUUUUCACGUUGAAGCCAUGGAUUUGAUAAAAAACAAAAGGCACUGGAUUACUGUCCUUUUUGUUUUUACAGCCAUUCACAGUAUGUUCUUGUGAAAUUAAACAAUCUCUUAUUUGCUAAAGAUAAUUAAGACAAAACCCCAGUCACAUCAGUGGGCUACAGCGAACCUUCAUUGUGCUUGUGCCAUUACAGAAGAGUUGGCUGGGUUUUGUGCUAAACACUGAAUUUUUUCUUACUGAUUUUUGGAUUGGAACAUCUUGUUGUGGGUCAGGAGAGCUUUGUAAAGGCUGCUGGAGUGCUCCAAUCUCCUGGAAAAGCCUCAUUGCUUCAGUACCAAAACAGACCCAAAUAUUUUAUUGUUUUGGUCUUUUAUUGUUUUGGUCACUGCCUGCUGGGGGCUGCUUGGUCCCCAUGAGUAAAGGCUGUGCCAUCAGCUGAGAUUUCAAAAUCCAGGGGUUUUCAUGAAGAAACAAAGAGGGCUUUGCUGCAGGUUGAUGGUUGAAUUUCUUGGAGUAAAUUUACUCUUUGCAGCAGCGGCUUCCAGCCCUGUGGGUUGUUUGAACGCUUAACAGGGGAGUUAAAUCAUCCCUGGGGUCUUGCACAUUGUCUUGUAGCUCACUGUGGGUAUCAGAGGAGUAAAACUGAAGAAAUUGAUUUUUAUAAGCAAACUACAUUGUUUUGCAGAGGGGUAAGGUAAGGAGAGUGAUUUUGGUGGUGGUUUUGCAAAAACUGUUCCAUCCCUACUCUCUUAAAACUUUUGUAAGGUAGAAAAUAAUCUGCUUUAAAGGGAGGGCAGGUCUCAAGGGCUAAAAGGUGAAAAUUCAAAAAUACAUCUGGCAUCUAAAGCCAAAUCUUGUCUGACAGAAGAUAUUAUUUGUAGCAAUCAGAUCAGGAUCUGUCUUGAGGAAUCCUGGAAUUAGGGCUUCUAGCUUUCAAUAUUUGUGCAAUGCAUCACACACUGACAUGGGGGUUUUGCACUACAGAGUAGUGUCUGAAUAGAGAGCUAGCCUAAACUACCUAAAAAAAUAAGGAAAAGUAAUUUUUUCCCAGAAAUGAUUGUAUCAUUGUUAUAAUGCAUAGCAUGUCUAUGACUGACAUUAAGCAGGCAGGUCUUUUUUUCUGAAGUCUUUUGAGGAAUUUAAAAUACAUUCUGGUUAAUGUUUAUACUUUGACCUUUAUAGAGCAAUUAGGAAACAGAAAUUUUUAAUUAUGUUGUCUGAUUUUUGUCUAUGUGAAGCUGUGUAUUUUGAUGGAAUCCUAGCAAUGUCUGUGUUACAAAGGAAAAAUAAUUUAAGAGGACAACUGAAACAAAAUAUUAACUUAGGAGUAGCCUUAAUGAAGUUCUUUGCAAUGUUAAUUUUUGUACUGCCUGAAUUUUGCCAUUACAUAAGUGAAAUGAGGAAAUUAACAAACAAUUUUGUGUCCAAAUCAAUCUCUCCUGAUGAAAAUUCACUUAGUUGCAGUGGAAUAAAUUGUAAUGGUAUUCUAAAUCUUCAAUACCAAUUUAGGUAUAAACAAGUGCAACACUUCAUUUUGAAGCCUACUCUAUAAUAUGCCUAUUAAAAGUUUCAGGAAAAACUUAUUUUUAUUUCUAGAUUGAACACUAGUUCCAAGAAAUCCUAUGGUCCAUUUAUAAAAAAAAAAGCAGAAAAUGCAUUGAAUGUCAACCAGGGUAAUAAAGAAAGCAAUUGCAUUGAAAACUAUGCAGCAAAAUUACUUGUGUGAAUUAAUGUAUGUAAUAAGUUAACAGUCUUAAAUGAAUAUUGUGUCAGUUGGUUAUGUUGUAAACUUGAAACCAUUGAUAUCUAUAUUUAUGCUCAUUUUAUUAUAAAGAAAUGUACUGUAUAGGCAAUGCCAUGGGACAUGAAUUUGCAUCUUGCUUUUCACUUCCUCGCGGCUUACAAGCAGAUGUUUACAAUGAAAAUGCUUUAAAGUAAUUUGCUCCUCUUGAAAACACAAACUUACCUUGUAUAUUGCGUGUUUACAAAACGAAUCAUACAAAUGGUUUUUCAGAGAAAAAAAAAAAAACUUCUCAGACUUCAGUCCUUAAAACUUUGCUUUUUUCCCUUAGUCGUGCAACAUCUUGACUGUUGUGUUGCCAAGCAUUUGGCUUGCACUCUGCAGGACUCAUUUAUUUUCUCUUUCUUUCAUAGCAUCUGCUGAAUAAGUAAUAUAACAACCAUGACUAUCAGCACGAUACUCAUGAUCCAAGGUUAAAAACUUGCAUUUGCUCAGAUAUGAGCAAAUACUUCAGGAUAAAUAAACUAUAAGACACUUGUGAACCAGUGUCUUCCUAUUCCAAAGAGCUGAAACAUCAGGCACAGGGUUUGUGUGCUGACUCUGAAAAAGAGUUACACCAGGAGUGUAAUAUAAAAAAGAGUGCCCUGGCCAUGCCAGGCUCAGAGUGGUGAGAUUUGAACCCUCCUUAGAUCUCUGACUGUUGGCAGUGGUGUUUGGUUACUCCUUCUGUGCAGGCAAAGUGCUUUAAAAGUUUUCAGUACUUCUGUUUAUGAGUGGUCUGACUUCAAAACUUCUAAUAUCCCAAAUUACUUUGGUACUUGUUUUCCUUUUGUGUACUUGUCCCUUGUGAUGUUCCUUUAUAUCUUACAUUCUGGAGCACACAGGGCUGUGUAUAAAUAACUUUAACAGGACUUCAGUCUUGUGUUUGUCCAGAGAAACAAAGCACAACUUCAGGAAUUCAAUACUUUUUUAUAUUUCAGGACUUAUCAUUUUUGUUUCAUUGCUGUCUGUAAGCCAUGUCCAUUGUACACUAUGUGUAUAUUUUUUAUUUAAAUAAAUGUAAUGUUUAUUUUUUAUGUUUCUGACUUUUUUGUUUGUUAUUCAUUUCUCAUUGUCAUUGCGGUGGUGUUGCCCAGAGGGAGGAUUGUCCAUGCUGGUGAGAGUGUGUUCCCUCCUGAAGGAG